AUGGGCUGGGUCCUAAAUGCCACACCCGAAGUGAACGACUCCUCCGAAUACCCAACAAUUAUCGCAAUCACCGUGGUUCUCUCGAUACUCGCAUCAUCAAUCGUGGGUGCAAGACUCUGUAUACGAUGGAAGGCUCGUGGCCUCGCCGGCGAUGAUUGGAUGUCAGCAUUGUCGAUGAUAUUCGCCCUGAUCUACUCCUUCAUUUGCAUCGCACAGACAAGAUAUGGCCUCGGCCUUCCUAUACCCGACCGACCGAAGGAGAAUCUGAUACCGUAUACACGAAUCAACUUUGCAGGCCGACCGUUUUAUCAGCUUGGUAUCAGUUUCUUCAAGAUUGCUUUGUUGAUUAGUUACCUACGCCUGCUGCGAGGAACAGACCACAAGAUCUAUCGCACGGUCAUCUGGGUGACCAUCGCACUGGUCUUUGCUUCGCAUCUUGGAUGCACCCUUGCGCUGAUCUUCGCCUGCAAACCCGUCCAAAGGUCCUGGAAUCCGCUCAUGGAAGGUAAAUGUCUUGCCGCAGGACCAUCAUUUACUGGCUAUGCGGUCGUCACCAUCGUAGCCGAUGUCGUGGUCGCAGUCCUACCAAUCCCGGUAUUGGCAAAGCUCGAGAUCAAACUUGCGAAGAAGAUCGGCCUUAUUGUGAUUUUCACGCUGGGGAUAUUCACAACUAUUUGCUCAGUCCAGAGAUACCGUCAGAUCGACCGGAUCCAAAACCCCAAAGACGGCAAUUCAACCAUGCUGGUACUUUGGGGCACGAUUGAGUUUAAUGUUGGAAACAUUGUAUCGUCACUGCCGUUCCUCGCCCCCAUUUUCUUGAAGAGGGCUCGACAAUACAGAUCGAAGCCGUCGGACUACAAUAUACCAAGCCAUAGCAAAGGGUUGAGGAGUAACGGAUAUAAGCUCAAAGAUCUCAGCAAUCCUGGCAAGCGGGACACAUCAUUAUUUACUACAGUUGGGAAUGAUUCAGGAACUGGAAGUCAAGAGAACAUCUUGGGCCACGGUGGUAUAGUCAAGUCAGUCACGUAUACGGUGCAGGUAGAUAGAGUGGGCCAGAAAAAAGGCGAAAGCCAGGAGUCAGAAAUUGCACGAGUAUAG